AUGCGUGCGCAACCAAGAGGGCAUCGAUGUGGAACAAAUUUGGAACUUAAUCUUUUACCUAAAGCGACCUUUUCAAUCCGCUUCCUCAUUGGCCCGUUAAUUGCUAGCCUUAAUUAUGCGGGUCCAGUACAAUGGCAGCAUGCAUGGGGAACUGAAAUAUACAAGGUCCCCAAAUCAGAUGCCAAUGGCAAAGUAAAGAAAGCUAAACAGUCACGAACUCAACUAUCAGAGAACGAAAGAGGUAGCGCAGCUGAUUCUGGAAAGAGCAAACACGCUAGACAAAAUUCCAUGAAGGGAAUUGUGGAAAUGGGGACUGGAGAUAAGUAA